AUGGCGGAACCAUUGCAAGCAUGGGCAGUCGAUCUGGGCGGCUCCCUAGCGGUAGCAUCGAAGGGCCUCUUCGCAACAGGCGUCUCCACGGACCUCAAUGUCACAUACCUCUCCUCUGGCGGCAAGAUUGGAGAUACCAUCAAAGCCGAAGUUACCUGCGAUAAGUUCGGCAAAACGCUCGCCUUCACUUCCAUCAAGUUCUUCAACAACAAGGACGAGAUGUUUGCAAGAGGCAGUCAUACCAAAUAUGUAACGCUAGCAUGGAAAGACCCCAAUAACAUCGUCGAGGAGCUAAGUCCGCAGAUUGCGAAGAAGGAAUGA